AUGCGUUCGACUGCUGUGAAACUGGCCAAGAGUUAUACACCGAUGAUCAAAUUCGUGGGCACGAAGCAUACUUUUGUUCAGCACGGAGGCGAGAUGAAAAUGCAUCCAUGCGCUGCAGAUGGGCUCCAACCUGGCUCUGAAGAGUGUGUUUCUGCGGCUGACUUCCUAGCAAAACAAAAACCAUUCAGAGUGGUGGCGUACAAGGCGUCGCAGGCUCCGAAAAAGGACGGUAGUAGACCUACUGACUUGCACCAGAAAUACGCCUUCAAAGAUCGGCCCCUCCAGGAAAACGAAGUCGCAUCUAUCUUGGACCUACCAGCGAGAUACAGGAUGCCACCAAUGGACGAGCUUGAAAUAGACGCGAUCAACGCCGGAGGUGCUCUGUGA